AUGGAACCAAGGAACAUAACAGGAGUUUCACAAUUUCUUCUUAUGGGAUUUUCAGAAGAAACAGAAUUGCAGCCCCUCAUCUUUGGGCUUUUCCUCUCCAUGUAUCUGAUCACUGUGUUUGGAAACCUGCUCAUCAUCCUGGCUGUCAGCUCAGACCCCCACCUCCACACCCCCAUGUACUUCUUCCUCUCCAACCUGUCCUUUGUAGACAUCUGCUUCACCUCCACCACCAUCCCAAAGAUGCUGGUGAAUAUACAGACAGAGAACAAAGUUAUAACUUAUGAAGGCUGCAUUAUCCAGAUGCAUUUUUUCACACUCUUUAUAGGAUUGGACAGCUUCCUCCUGACCGUGAUGGCCUAUGAUCGCUUCGUGGCCAUCUGCCGUCCCCUGCACUACACGGUCAUCAUGAACCCCCGUCUCUGUGGAGUGCUGGUGCUGGUGUCCUGGAUCAUGAGUGCGCUGCAUUCCUUGUUAGAAAGCUUAAUGGUGUUGCGACUGUCCUUCUGUACUGACUUGCAUAUCCCUCACUUUUUCUGUGAACUCAAUCAGAUGAUCCAGCUUGCCUGUUCUGACAUGUAUCUCAAUAAAGUAGUGAUAUAUAUUGUAGCUGUGCUACUGGGAGGUGCCCCUUUUGCUGGUAUCUUUUACACUUACUCUAAGAUAGUUUCCUCCAUACAUAGAAUCUCAUCAGCUCAGGGGAAGUAUAAGGCAUUUUCCACCUGUGCAUCUCACCUCUAUGUGGUCUCCUUAUUUUAUUGUACUGGCAUAGGAGUGCACCUUAGCUCUGCUGCUUCCCACAGCUCACACUCAAGUGUAACAGCCUCAGUGAUGUACACUGUGGUCACACCCAUGCUCAACCCUUUCAUCUACAGUCUGAGAAAUAA